UUUGGCUGGACUGCAAAAGAUUCGGCGGUGGAGGUCCAAAACAGAAACCCUUUGCUUUAACUGCUGGGUACCCGGUGGUUUGGGUUGAUUUGCGCAAGUUAUAAAGGAACCUAAUUGACCUCCACCCUCCGAAAGGGGGACUUGCAGAAACUGUUGAAGAGACCAGAUUUCCAAGAUCUCUUCUUGUGUUCUUUUUUUUUUUGUGGUUGCCUGGUGUUCUCGUUUCUUUGAGAGAGAGAAAAAGGAUAAACUCUUGCCAAAAGUCGUUUCUGUACUGCCAUCGUUGUUCUUUUGCGUCAUGCUCUUUGAUGGAAAGUUUCCUCCUUCUCAACUACCUUCUCCACCACGACGACGCAUGUCUCUGGGUUUCGGCGGAUCGGCACGAGGUGUCAUGAACCUUGUUAUGGCCAUCAAUGCCUGCCUUUGGGUUCUCCUUCUUGUGUAUGUUUUAUCCGAUAAAGUCAUGCACGGACGAUCCGUUUCGUCUCAAGCUGGCUUCCAUCCUCAAGCCGGUUCCGUUCCAGUACGUCUUACGGGCUCAUGGUUUCCCCCUCGCCGCCCACCUGUGAGCUGCAUUUCGCAAAGACCCGGCGAACACCUGCCGCUCGGCAAGCAUUACCUUGUAGACAUGCAUAAUGUCAACUCUGCCGCGCUGGAGCUGCUGGAAACCGACGCGGCUUUUUCAAAAAUCGCAGGAUAUAUCCACUCGGCGGGUAUGACGCUGCUUGGAACAUCCGCCCACCGGUUUGAAUGCGGAGGAAUGACGGCCGUAUUCCUGUUAUCCGAAUCCCACGUAUCCAUUCACACAUGGCCAGAGCAUCGGUUCGUUGCUCUUGAUGUGUACACCUGCGGUUCCGGAGAUCCGCAGAGGAUUGUACAGGAAUUCGAAAACCUCCUUCAACCUCGGCGGUCAGUCACAACAAAAGUAAACCGUGGAGCGGAUCAUCACAUCUCUACUACAAGUGGCGAGCCAAUAAACCCGAAACAGAGCCGACCACUGCGGACUCGACCAGCUCUCCUUGACAUGGGCCGUCAAGUUCAGAAAGAGGCUCCGUCAAAAACGUUAGCCCCUACACAAACAAAGGAUCACAAUGCCACGAUUUUCCAACAGAAAGAGGUUAACGAUCACUUGGUUGCGGAUAUCUGUGUGAAUGGCGAUUCAAGCGACGAUGAUUGCUAUCUCCUCCGGGAAGCAGUAGUACUAGCUGAUGAGCGUAGCCCAUACCAACGCGUUGAAAUCGUCGAUUCACAGUCCUUUGGCCGCUGUAUGCUCCUAGACCGUGUUGUCCAGUUUUGCGAAAGUGACAAUGAAGUUUACACUCGUCAAAUUACUGAACGAGUAUUCAAACCAUACUUCAAAGGUGCGGCCGCCCGGUUGAAGAACAAGCAUCAGGCACCAGACCUUGUCGUGCAACUCGUUGGUGGAGGAGACGGCUGGGUAUCAUCACACAUUCUGGACCGGUACGGUGACAGGGUGAAGCACAUCACGGCGGUGGACAUUGAUCCUCUGGUAACAGAACUCACAAAAGAGCAUUUUGAGCCAGUUGGCACAUCAGAUGCCUUCACCGAUAGCCGUGUCACAUGGAUUUACGAUGACGCUGGCAAAUGGCUAGCUACUUCCGGCCAAAGCGACUCUGUAGAUAUCUUUAUUAUCGACUGCACCGACCACACGGCGGAGGCAGCAAAGAUUCUGUAUACCCAAGAGUUUUACAACAACGUUUACAGAAUGCUAAAGCGCGGAGGUCGGGUGGUACAGCAGAUGAACACGGACGACCCAUCAUAUACUGAAUUUUUCCGACAAGCCGAAUCGGUAUGGCUGGCGGCGGGUCUUAAAGGUUUGCAAAAGUGGAGUGAAUAUGUUCCUUCAUUUGGGGGAAAAUCGACAUUUUGGAUGGCACAAAAGUAUUAGUUUAGCAAAAAAAAAUGUCUGUAUAUCGUUCUAUUAUAGCGUCAAGUCGACGGGGGCGAGAAUUUGGAGAAUGCCCACGUUUUCCUGUAGAUGAAGCCGAUGGCAAUUUUAUAAUAUAAUUACACUUUGUAAAUAGCAUAAAAAAAG